AUGAUUAGUAAUGAAAAAUUGAAUGAUUCUCAAAAUUCAUCAUUUAAUUUUUAUGGAAUACAAUUACCAGCACUUGAUUCAGUAAAAGCAUCACGACGAAAUGUAACAUUAUCAUUAAAUGAAAUAAAUAAAUAUGGAUUUAGGUGGAAACGAAUUCAAAUACCUGAUAAGCAUAGUCAAUGGAAAUUAAAACAAUCAAUUCUUCUAGAACCUACUGAUGGUUGUGGUGGUCCACCACGUGUAGAAGAAUUUCAUCAUAAAAUAUAUCCUGGUGAUAUUCUUUUAGCAAUAAAUAAUAUUGAUAUUCGUGAGAUGAAUUUUCGUGUACUUGAUAAUAUGUUAAAAAAUAUGAAUAGUGAUACUAUAGAAUUGAUUGUUGAAAAUAUGCCAGAGUUAGCUGAUAUCAAAGGACUUGAUGAUGAUAAUGAAAAUCCAGAUGAUAAUGAUUUAAAUUUAUCUCAAUCAAGUUUAGAUACAACAGAAUAUAAAAAUAUUCCUGAAAAUAAUCAAUUUUGGUUAUCUCAUAAAAAUGGAUAUAUUAUGUGUGAAUUAUUAGAAAGAAUGGAUAAUGGUAGAGUACGUGUAUCUGUUGGUAAUAAAGAAUUAAUUGUUGAUGAAACUGAUAUUGAUAAAGCUAAUCCUCAUUCGAUUCAUGGAAUAAAUGAUGUUGCUAAUUUAAAAUAUAUUAAUGAUACAACUAUUCUUCAUAAUAUUAGGCAACGCCUUGGAGCUGGAUUAAAUUAUACAGAUGGUGGUACAAGAAAUUUAAUUGCUAUAUUAAAAGAUGAUAUUAAUAGUGGUAGUGAUUUAAAAAAAUUAAUACCAAAAAUUAAAGGUGUAAGAAGAAAUGAUAUGCCACCACAUAUUUAUUCAAAAGCUCAACAAGUUUUAAGAAAUAUUCAAUCAACAGGACGAUCUCAAGGAAUUGUUUUUACAGGAGGAAGAGGUAGUGGGAAAUCUUAUCAAAUUUCAUUAUUUAUUGAAUAUCUUAUAAAUGUAGGUUCAUGGUCAAAAAAUAUUUCUCCUACAGUUGUUAAUGAUGUUAUCUUUCUUUUGGAUGUAUUUGGAAAUAGUCCUUCAAUAUUUAGUAUUUCAUCAACAAAUUAUGUCAAAUUAUUGUCAUUACCAGUAGAGAAUAAUGGAACAAUUUCUGGUUUAAAAAUUGAAACAUUUUUAUUAGAUACAGAAAAAUUAAUAUCAUCAACAAAUAAUUUUGGUACAUUUCAUAUAUGUUCUUUAUUUUAUAAUCAAAUACCAGAUGAAUUACGUGAAAAAUUAUUUUUAAAUAAAAUUGAUAAACCAAAAUUAUUAGGAAAUAAUAAUAUAAAUGAAUUAAAUAAUAUUUAUUCAUGGAAAAAAUUAGAAGAAGUUUUUACUAAUAUAAAACUUAAUGAAAGUAAAAAAUUUGGAAUAUAUAAAAUUCUUGCAGUAAUAUUUCAUUUAUAUCAGGCAUCCGCAACAACAGGUGAUUGUAAUCGUUCAAAUUUUGUUAAUAUUUCUCAUGCUGAAUAUGCAGGAAAACUUCUUAAUAUUUCUGUUAAUGAUUUAUAUGAAGUUAUAUUUAAAGGAUCUUCAAAUAAUGAUAAUAAACCAGCUGUAUCAUCAUUAAUGGAUCGUUUUAAAAUGUCUAAUAAAAAUCAAAGUGGUAUUGAUGCUUUAGGAAGUUUUAUAAAAAAUUUAUAUCUUGAAAUGUUUAAUAGUAUAGUUGGGCAUAUUAAUGAAAUAUUUACACCUAAAAAUUCUUCUACUUUUAUUACUUUAUUAGAUUAUCCUGGAUAUAAUAGUCAUUUAAAUUUAAUUAAUUCAAAUAUGUCUGGAGAUUUUUCUGAUUUUAUAAAUAAUUAUUUUAAUGAAAGAAUAUUAGAAUUAUCAUAUGAUAUUCAUUUUAAAAAUGCAGUAGAAUUUUAUACAAAUCAGGAGGUUGAUGUUGAAUUAAAUGGACCAAUAAUUGAUCCUUCUUAUGUGGCAAGACUUUUUGAUACUCGUGAUACAUCUUCAAAAACAGCAGAUAUUCAAGCAAGAAGUAAUAAAAAAAAAGGAUUAAUUGCAUUAGUUGAAGAAGAAUCAAUGUAUCCAGGUGGUAGUGAUAUUGGAUUUGUUAAUAGAAUUUAUUUACAUCAUGAUAAUUCUAAUGUUAUAAAACGUGAUAAAGAUAAGAAAUCAUUUAUAGUAUGUCAUUUACUUGAUAAUUUUAAAACAAAAUAUAAUGCUGAUAAUUGGUGUAAAAGAGUACAACCAUCAAAAUCUGGUAAUGCUGUUUUAUCAUUUUUACGUAUGAUUAUUCUUAAAGAUGAAGAUUUUUCUAAUUUAUUUUUACCUAUUCUUCGUCCAAAUUCUGAUUCAAAUAUUCAAAAAAUGAGAAGAGCAACACAAGCCAUAAAUACAGAAUCAGGAAAUUUAAAAUAUGGUUCAGGAUAUUUUUCAACUAUUGUCUGUCAGGCAGAUAGUAUUAUUAAUUCAAUAUUAAGAAUGUCAUCCAUAUAUAUGAUUCAUUGUAUAGCUCCAUUUAUUAAAACAACCAUUGAUAAUAUAAUGAAUAAUUAUAACAAAAAUUCUAAAAUAUUUACAAAUGAUGUUAUGGAUGUUUGUUUUGUAAGAAAACAAUUAAAAACAAUUUUUAUUCUUGAGUUAGUUCGAGCAUAUAAUAUUGGAUUUCCAGAAAAAAUGAUUUAUAUUAAUUUUCGGAGGCGUUUUAAUUGCCUUCUUAAAGAAGAUAAUAAUUAUAAUGAUAUUUGUGAUGAUCGUAUUUGUAUAAGAAAUCUUUUUAUAUUAUUAAAUAUACCAGAGAAUAGUUAUCGUUUUGGAUUAUCUAAUUUACUUCUUAAAUCAGACAUAUUUAAUAUGUUAGAAGAAAAAAGAGAUACCAUGCUUUCAUCAACAAUGAUAGAAUUUCAACGAAUGUGUAAAGCAUAUGUUUACAAUAUUAAAAGAAAAGAAAAUGAAGUUAAAGAAUCAGCAAUAAAUAUUAUACAAAAAAAUUAUAGUAAAUAUAAAUUAACAAAGAAUGAUCCAUGGAUUAAAUUGUUUUAUAAUGUUAAGCCUUUGUUAGGUGUAAUGCAACAUGAAAAACAAGUUAGUGAGGAAGCUUUAAAAAUCAAAAAUUUAGAAAUAGAAAAUUCUUCUUUAAAAUUAAGUAAAAUUAAACUUGAAGAAAGGAUAGCUGAAUUAGAGAUGCAAAUAUCAAUGGAAAUGCAAAAUUCUGAUGAUAUACAUAAGGCAUUUCAAAGUGUAAUAGAUGAAAAAAAUGUACUAGAAGUGGCAUUACAAGAAUUAAAAGAUAUACAAAAGAAAUCAACUUUGAAUACAGAAAGUAAUUUAAAUAGUAUAUCAACAACACCUACAGAAACUAUUAAUUGUAGUAUUAUGGAAGAAUUAAAUGAACUUCGUGAUAAUGAAUUAAAUUAUAAAAUAAUGAUAAAAAAAUUGAAAGCUGAAUUGGAUGAUGUACGAAGAGAACUUGACAAUAUUCAAAGUACAAAUACAAUAUUAAUUAAAAAACAAGAAUCUGUAAAUGAAUUAGAAAAGAAAUGUCAAGAAAAAAUUGAAAAUAUAUUGAAAGAUAAAGAAAGUAUUUCCAAACAAAGAAAUGAUUUAAAUCGAAAUUUUGAAAAACAACGAUCAGAAUUACAAGCUUUAAAAAAUGAAAAUAGUGAACUCCGUCUAAAUAAUUCUAAGCUCCGUAAAGAUUUUGAUGAAUUAAAAUUGUCUAUUGCAUCUCGUUCAACAAACGAUUUAACUGGUGAUAAUUUACAAAAUAAAAGAGAAUUAGAAAAAAAAAUGGAAGAGAUGGAAGAUGAGUUGGAGGAAAGUUAUGAAAAAAAUGAAAUUCUUAAUCAAAAUAAUAAUAGAUUAAUGUUACAAAUUGAAAAAAUGAAAAAUCAAAUAAGUAGAGAGAUGGAACAAAGAGAAAGUGAAAUAAUUGAUCUACGUCAUCAAUAUAAUAAAAGACAAAAAAUGUUUGAGGAACAAAUUGAAGACUUAAAUGUUAGUAAUAAAGGACUUUUUAAUCAAAACAGAUUAUUAGAAGAAAAAGUAAGGUUGCUUGAAUCCGAACAUUCUGAGAAUGAGAUGCGACAAUCAAAUUAUAAAUUUGAAUACAACAAUCUUUUAACAUUACUUCGUGACAAAGAAGCACUUCUUUCACAUGAAAGAGAAAAUAGUGAUUCCAAAAAACUUUUAUCAAAAUAUAAAAUGUUAUUAGAAGAUGCAGAACAUAGAAUAACAAUUACCAAAAAAACUAAUGUAUCAUUAGAGAUGGAAUUAGCUGAUAUUAAAGCACAAUAUGAAAAUGCAAUAUCAUCAAAACAUACAACUGAAAAUAAAAAUCGUCAAUUGAAACAGGACCUGGCAACAUCAGAGCACGAAGUUACUCUUCUCAAUGAACAAGUUUAUAAAUUAACAAGUCAAGUUAAACAAUUAAUAGAAGAUAAAAAAGAAGAAAAUAUUUUUAAAGCAGAAAUGUGUGAAACAAUACAAGAUCUUAAUUCAACAAUUAAAAAACUUCAGGAUGAGAUUCAAAGUAUGAGUAGUGAUGUUAAUUAUCACUCAAAAAAUUGUGUUGACAGGCACAAGUAUUGUAUUUUGGAAUUGAAAGUUAAAGAACUUGAAAGUAAAUUAGAAUUGGAGCAUAAUCAAAAUCAACAUUUAUCAGCUAUAAAUAAUUUAAAAUGUGAUGAAAUUGAAAAAUAUAUUGCAUUAAAUGAAUCAAGUAAAAAUACUUUAGACAAAGAAAAAAUGGAUAAAAAACAAUUAUUGGAGAAAAUUUCUUUACUUAAUGAAGAGAUUGCCCGUUUUACAAAACAUGAUCUUGAUAAUAAAAAUAAGAUAAAUAAUUUAGAAUUAGAGUUAUCAAUAAUGACAGCUACAAUUCAAUCAGUUAAGAGCGAUCUUAAAUUAGCUGAAAAUAGAGCUAACGCAUUGAAUAAUGUUCUUGAAAGUAGAAUUGAAACAUUUGAUGAUAUAGAAGAAGAGGAAGAAGAAUUUGAUAUUCAUGAAAGUAAUAUAAGUGAAGAUAAAAAUGAUGAAUUUGUUGGUAAUAAUGUAAAAUAA